AUGCAGUGGCUCUUCAAAGAUGACCUCGUCCAAGUUCUCGACGUCGGCGGCUCUAUUGCGUCUUGGUACCAAGGCAGCGGCCAAAGACUGCACUUCACCGCCUUGUCUCGCCCCGUUCCCAGCAGAACCAUGUCAGUUGUCGUUCAGGUACUCUUUAAUUUCGAACUGAGUACAAACAACCUCAAGCGCGUUCGUGUUUCGCGCGACAGAGGGAAGUUCUGA